AUGCGCCAUCGUAAGCCACUGGCAGCAUUGUGUCAACAGUGGGCACACCAUGUCGGCAACGAGGCACUGUGCCGGCGGACGAGAUGUACAGCAAGAAGUGCUGAGCACGAGAAAAGCAAUAGGGUUGAUGGUUACAAAGAGACUGAAGACAUGUACGACGCAGGUGGUGAACACAUGAAAGGUAUCGCUGGUGAUGACGCCUACAUCAUUACGGUUCAAUAUUGUGCUAUAGUCGACUAA